AUGGAACGUCUCAUAUAUCAUAUGCUUGCUUGCUCCUGCUUUGUGCCUUGUGAUGAGAGGCAUCCUACAGUCCUGCAGAAAGAGCACUAUCACUGUGUUUUACAGAAAUCUUACAUGUUCACACCUCGUCUGUGGGAACAUCGUAUUCCAAGGCCAGCAACAUUGUCCGCAGCAAGCGUAUCGCAUUGCUGCCUUUCUUCAGAUCCCGUUUGUACCGGCCCCAUUACCGUCCAUUUUUUGUACUGUAUGCCAAGCUUCAGAACAUCUUUGUCCGAAAGCGUGCGCAAUGAUGAAGGCGUAUCAAAAAUACCUCAUCAUCAUUGCACACGUUGGAAACGCCACAUCUUCCGCGCUUGUGGGUUUCACUUGCGCUGCAUACGAACCCUUCCCUGGUCCCCCGCCACGCCCUCUCCUUAUUCUCUGCGGCCCCGGUAUAUAAUUGGCGACGACAAUGUUUUCCUUUGUAUCUCGGUUCUCAAACUGCAAUACGCCUAUACUGGUGAACCGAUGAUGAAGCGCACCCCCUUUUUCAUGGCAAUAUUGUCUUUUCUGCUCGUCUUGUCUCGAACUCAAGCCGACCGAUCUGAUACUACUACUCUUCUUAUCAAGAGCCAGAUUUCGAAGAAUCAGGCUCGACUUCACCCGUUGUCUCGGAUAUCCCACUCAAAGCUUAAGCUGAAAAGAGCCUUCACAUUGCGUUCUGGUGAUGUUGGUGGAGUGCAAGUUCGAGCAGGCCUGACGGGUGACGAAUGCUCUCCGGACCAAGGCUGUGUCGGAUCAAGAGAAUGCACUGAUGGAGAAGGUGAAGAAAAUUUUCCAUGUUCAAACGAAAGUGACAAUUGCCUCUGCAACCCGGAAGAGGGAUUCCAAAGCUGCGAAUACAGUUAUGAGUGUGUAGAAGGGGAACUCUGCGCUUCCAUUCGCAAAGGGAGCCCAUUCUGCUUAAGUAAGGCCUUCGUCGCCAACAACACCGCUACCGUUCAAACCGAUGGAUUCACCCUCGAUGAGUGUGAAGCUUCUUCUCAGUGCAUUGCCCCCCGCAUAUGCGAGUUUAAGCUGGACAAUGACGAGUUCAAAGAAUGUAACUAUAAUCGUGACGAGCUCUGCAAUUGCUUUGCAACGCUACCGACCGAGUGUGAAGCAGACGCUGAUUGUCCGGAUAGAGCAGAAAUAUGUGCCGAAAGAACCGAUUUGGAAAUAGGGAUGUUUCUUUGCAUCUCAAAAGACAGCGUGCGAAGAUUGUCAUUUUGGAGACCAGCUCCAACCAGUGCGAUCAGUUCACCGACUCCAACCAGUGCGACCGGUUUACCAUCAACAAACCCAGUCGGCACGGUGCCGCCACAGUGGGAUUGCAUCGAUGUAAGAGCUCUGUCACAUCUCAGUGAAGAGGAUCUCGUCUUCAAAACUCAUUUCGUGGCACCGGUUCUAUGCGAUUCGAACGAUAGUUGCGCGACUCCAGCGCACGUCGUGAUGCAUGACAGAAGGCCGAUGAUGAUGAGGAGCUACUGCGCAACUGUGGGAUGUACAAAGAAAAACAUGUACGUGAACAGCCCCAAGUAUUAUCGCAGGCUUGUUGUCAAGUCUAAGACGCCGGGGCUACACUUUACUGUUUUUGCGGCAAGGUACGGGACUCGCCUUGAGGAGGUUGUGAUUUCGUCUGUAUUGCGACUUGGCUUCUAG